AUGAUGGUGUUUAAAAGUAGAGAAUCUUUGUGUGAUAGUCUAGACUAUAUUCUCUCUAUGAAUGAAUUAUGUGAUGUAGUGUUUUUAGUAGGAGAGGAGAAGAUACCUGUUUAUGGUGUAAAAGCUAUUUUAGCAACCAGAAGCCGUGUUUUAUAUCAGUUGAUUCUUCACAACCAACGUGAUGUCAAGGUCAAUAAGAAGAAGGUUAAAGGUGAAAAGUUGAAAGGUUUGUUUUGUACUUCGGUCGAAUUUGGAAUGAAAGAUCUUCGUAAGGCAUGCUGGGAUUAUUUUUUGAGAUGUCUUGUUAAUUAA